AACUAUUCUUGAUCCAUAAAGAAACAGUAUGGUCAAUCGACUGCCACCCUUCGUGAUCGUUCUUAUUCUCUCGGUUCUUAAUGGACAAGGACUGAUGAUAUCAAAAGUUGAAGCCAAGAGCAGUGUUCACAUCGUUUAUCUUGGAGAAAGGCCGUUUGAUGAUCCUAAGCGGGUUACAGAUUCUCAUCAUGACUUGCUCGCUACGGUAGUAGGGAGUAAGGAGAUAGCCUCAGAUUUGAUGGUUUAUAGUUACAGACAUGGCUUCUCAGGAUUUGCAGCUAAGCUUACAGAGUCUCAGGCACAAAAACUCUCAGAGUUACCUGGUGUUGUUCGAGUAAUACCGAAUAGCCUUCACAAACUGCAAACAACCAGGAGCUGGGACUUCCUUGGUCUUUCUUCUCAUUAUCCUACCAGUGUUCUUCAAAAUAGUAAGAUGGGUGAUGGAGUUAUCAUCGGUGUCUUCGAUACUGGAAUAUGGCCAGAGUCUAAAGCAUUCAGUGAUGAAGGACUUGGGCCAAUCCCAUCCCACUGGAAAGGUGUAUGUAAAUCGGGGGAUCAUUUCAAUGCAGCAACUCAUUGCAACAGGAAAAUUAUUGGAGCUCGUUGGUUCAUCGAUGGAUUUCUUGCUGAGUAUGGACAGCCAUUAAACACAACUGAAGAUCCAGAGUUCUUGUCACCACGAGAUGCUAAUGGACACGGAACACAUACAUCAAGCACAGCAAGUGGUUCUUAUGUAAGAAAUGUUAGCUAUAGAGGCCUUGGUCCUGGGACAGUAAGAGGUGGUGCACCACGUGCUCGGUUGGCCAUAUAUAAAGUCUGCUGGAAUGUUCUUGGUGGACAAUGUGCAUCAGCUGAUAUUCUGAAAGCCUUUGAUGAAGCAAUACAUGAUGGAAUUGAUGUGUUAUCAUUGUCAAUUGGGUAUUCAUUACCUCUAUUUUCAGAUGUCGAUGAACGAGAUGGGAUUGCUACAGGUUCUUUCCAUGCCGUUGCUCGGGGCAUCACAGUUGUUUGCGGAGCUGCAAAUGAAGGGCCUUCAGCUCAAACAGUGCAGAACACAGCACCAUGGAUAUUAACUGUUGCAGCAAGUACCAUGGAUCGAGCUUUCCCAACACCCAUAACACUUGGGAACAACAAAACCUUCUUGGGUCAAGCCAUUUUUACAGGAAAGGAGAACGGGUUUACCGGCUUGACAUACCCAGAGGGCACGGGACUUGACCCUACUUCUGCAGGUGCAUGCCAAUCUCUUUUACUUAAUUUGACGUUGGUAGCUGGAAAAGUGGUACUUUGCUUUGCCUCAGUUACAGGAAGAGUUGCUAUAAGACUUGCUGCAGCAACUGUGCAAGAAGCAGGAGGUAUUGGGCUGAUUGUUGCGAAAAAUCCAACAGAUGCCUUGAUUGAAUGCAGUGAUGGCUUUCCAUGCAUUGAAGUUGACUACGAAAUCGGCACCCGAAUACUCUACUACAUCAGAUCCGCCAAGUCCCCUACAGUGAAAUUGAGCCAUUCAAGAACAUUUGUAGGCAAGCCUCUGUCAGCUAAGGUGGCCUUUUUCUCAUCAAGGGGGCCUAGCUCCAUUGCACCAGAAAUUCUCAAGCCAGAUAUAACUGCACCUGGAGUGAACAUACUAGCUGCAACUUCUCAGAUGGAUCGGUGGAUGGACGGUGGAUAUGCCAUACACUCGGGAACAUCGAUGGCCACUCCUCAUGUUUCAGGCAUCGUUGCACUUCUCAAAGCAGUGCAUCCUGAUUGGUCUCCUGCAGCUAUUAAGUCUGCAUUAGUCACAACUGCAAGGACGAAGGAUGCAUCAGGUUUCCCACUCUUUGCUGAGGGAUCUCCUCAAAAACUGGCUAAUCCAUUCGAUUUCGGAGGUGGCAUCGUAAACCCCAAUGCAGCAGCAGAUCCCGGCCUAAUAUAUGACAUGGGGUUAUUGGACUACGCCUAUUACCUUUGUGCCAUGGGUUAUAAUAACUCCGCCAUCAAUCGACUUACAGGGCAAUCUACAACGUGCCCGGAUGAAAAGCCAUCCAUUCUAGAUGUGAAUGUACCAUCCAUAACCAUUUCAAGUCUAAGAAAUUCGGUAACUCUUACUAGAACAGUAACAAAUGUGGGUUCCCCUAAAUCUAUCUAUGGAGCUGUAAUUGAGCCUCCAAUUGGCUUAACUGUAACGGUAAGGCCUCACGUCUUGGCCUUCAACUCUAGAACCAAGAAGAUCUCCUUCAAUGUUACAAUCUCUGCAGCACAUCAGAUGAACACAGGGUAUUUAUUUGGGAGCCUGACUUGGAGAAAUGAACGAACUGAUGUGAGAAUUCCAUUGUCUGUCAAAACAGAGGUUUUACAAUCUUAUGCAGAUGAUAAUUGAUACUUGCCUUGUUGAUAGGAAUCUGUUCUACUUAUG